GUCUCAGGCACUUUAAUCCAGGAUAGCAGAGGUCUUCAUCAGAGGAGGCUGCCCUGCCCUCCAUCCUAUCCUCAGCCAGACUCCUACCCUGUGCCUCUGAGGGCACCUGGACUGCAGCAGCAGGACCAGCACUGCCAGUCCUGCCCCUAUACUCAGCCUGGUGGGAUCAGAGUCAAGAACCUUAAACCUGGGAACACGCCAGCAGCCCUCACCCCUGCGGGCCCCGAGGACGGCGUGGAGCCCCGAGAGCGGCAGGACGAGCCUCGACGGCUGCCGGUGCCACCCGUCCGGAGAGCCCCGCAGCGCCUCCAACCACGCGUUGAGCCCUGCCAAGGGGACUGGAUGCCAAACCUGAAUUACCAGCCCAGAGAGUGGCUGUGGAUCCCGGGAGCUCCUGUGAUUUGCGGCAGGUUUUUCAGGUCCCCGCCUGUCACACGCACACGCAGAUACUUAAGCAGUCACCCCAGGACCUGCGGGGUUCUUCUUUUACACACCUCUGGUCCCUGCCAGCUCCAGUGCCUGGCCCCAUAGCCCUGCCCCAGGAGGAGAUGGCCACGGAGAAGCCAGUGACUCCCACCGAGGAGCAGCUGGAGAUUCUGGAAUACAACUUCUGCAAGGUGAACAAGCAUCCUGACCCCACCACGCUGUGCCUCAUUGCAGCUGAGACUGGGCUCUCUGAGGAGCAGACCCUGAAAUGGUUCAAGCAGCGCCUGGCAGAGUGGAGGAAGUCUGAAGGGCUGCCCUCAGAAAGUGGCUCUGUCAGGGACUAGAGGGUGCUGCUCCGAUGCCCAGCCCUGUGAUGGUGAAGCUCUUCAGAGUGGGUUUCCUUGGGAUUCUUCUGUUGCAGUAGUUUUUGAGAUACAAAGUAAUACCCUGCUAUUUAACAGAGGUUUUAUUUAAAGUGUACAUAACCAGGAAAUAUAUAUAUGUGUGUAUGUGUGUGUGUAUACAGCUUCUCCAAUGCUGUGAUACCUCUCCAGUGAUUCCCAUCCAUUAAUAGCAGCUGCACAGAGCAAGGCAACUCAUGGCCCUGUCCUAAGCUUGCAGAAAAGCUGCCAUGAAAGGUUCUCACAUAGAAGAGGGGGAAAUUAUUUAUUUUCCUUAUGAUGCCCAGAAGCAAAGUAUGCAUGGUACCUUUAAUGUACUGAUCAUCCAGAGAGGAGGGCACUUGGAAAACCAGAUGUAUUGUUCAAGUGAUUUCAGUUAUCUUAAGAUGCCUGAGUCAGCUCUGGAUAUUGGCAAAUCGAGUGCCUACAGCAAAAUCAGACCAAGCUAAGCCCUCCUUGAAAGCAUUUCUCACAUUUCUGUUAAAGGUCAGCAAAGGGAAAGAACUGGUUUUUUUUUCUUUUC